GUGAUAGCUUUUGUCUUAAGGUUGACACGGAAAUUGUGCAAAAACACAUGAACUGAGAGAGCUUACGAGAGUCUUAUUUUGGGAGAAUAUUCCUUAGCAUUGAUAUUUGUGCGGAAUUACAUCAAUAACUCUAUUUUGUGAUAAAAAGACUGAAUCGCUUUUCACGCUUUUUUGGAUCACAAAGAAAAUUUUGUUAAUUAGUUUAGAUACUUUCCGCACUGAGUGCUGGAUUGUAUGAAAGUGGGAGAAUCCAGCCCAUCACCCACUUGAACAAAAGCUUGAUUACCAGUGUACGAGGAAAGAUCACGUACCGUCAUUUGCCUGCGAAAAGUAACGCACGCGGCCCUCUGGUUAGGUUUUUCUUGAUCAGAGCUCUGAUUUUUGUUGAUUUUGUUAGCAGCGGCAGCAGCAAGAGGACGAAGAGAUACUUGUGCCGCACUCUGAUUUGGUCGAAGGCCCUGAGCCUAUGGAAGUAGCCCAAGUGGAGCCGGCUUGUACAGUUGAUUGUCAGCCAGUGAAGGAUCCGCCAGUGAUGAGAAUCACUUGGACAAUUGAGAACUUUACCUGGUUGAACACCAAGAAGCAUUACUCUGACAUGUUCGUUGUUGGCGGCUAUAAAUGGCGGAUACUAAUAUUUCCCAUGGGAAACAAAGUGGACUACUUGUCAAUGUAUUUGGAUGUGGCAGAUUCCGGGACAAUGCCAUAUGGGUGGAGUACAUAUGCGCACUUCAGCUUGGCUGUAGUUAAUCAGAUCCAUUCCAAGUACUCAAUAAGAAAGGACACACAACACCAGUUCAAUGCAAGGGAAAGUCACCGGGGAUUCACUUCAUUCAUGCCUCUUGGUUAUCUUUAUGACCCGAGUAGGGGAUAUCUGGUGAACGAUACAGUUGUGGUUGAAGCUGAGAUUUCUGUCCUUAGGGUUCUUGGUUACGGGUCGUAUGACUCGAAAAAGGAAACUGGUUAUGUUGGGCUCAAGAAUCAGGGAGCAACUGGUUAUAUGAAUUCUCUACUCCAGACUUGGUACCAUAUACCAUACUUCAGAAAGGCUGUGCAUCAUAUGCCAACAACUGAGAAUGACAUGCCUUCAAGAAGCAUCCCUUUGGCACUACAACGUCUAUUCUAUAAACUUCGAUACAGUGAAAGCAGUGUUGCAACUAAGGAAUUGACCAAAUCCUUUGGAUGGGAUGCAUAUGAUUCUUUUAUGCAACAUGAUGUGCAGGAACUUAAUAGAGUUCUUUGUGAAAAGCUUGAAGAUAAAAUGAAGGGAACUGUUGUGGAGGGUACAGUACAGCAGUUGUUUGAAGGACAUCACAUGAAUUACAUUGAAUGCAUCAAUGUGGAUUACAAAUCUACAAGAAGGGAAUCAUUUUAUGACCUACAGCUUGAUGUGAAAGGCUGUCGGGAUGUUUAUGCUUCUUUUGACAAGUACGUGGAAGUUGAACGUCUUGAGGGUGACAAUAAAUACCACGCCGAAGAACAUGGUUUGCAGGAUGCUAAGAAGGGUGUUCUGUUUAUAGACUUCCCUCCUGUUCUUCAACUUCAGCUAAAGCGAUUUGAAUAUGAUUUUAUGUGGGACACUAUGGUUAAGAUAAAUGAUCGCUAUGAAUUUCCUCUUCAACUUGACCUUGAUAGGGAGAAUGGAAAAUAUCUAUCACCUAAAUCAGAUAAGAGUGUUCGCAACCUCUAUACUCUUCAUAGUGUCUUGGUGCAUAGUGAUGAGGUGCAUGGUGGACAUUACUAUGCUUUCAUCAGACCAACCCUCUCAGACCAGUGGUACAAAUUUGAUGAUGAACAUGUGACAAAAGAGGAUGUGAAGAGGGCUUUAGAAGAGCAGUACGGUGGUGAGGUAGAGUUGCCACAGACCAAUCCUGGCUUCAAUAAUACUCCUUUCAAAUUUACAAAAUACUCAAAUGCAUACAUGCUUGUGUAUAUACGGGACAGUGAUAAGGACAAAAUAAUAUGUAACGUGGAUAAGAAAGACAUAGCCGAACAUCUAAGGAUAAGGUUGACGAAAGAACAAGAAGAGAAAGAGAACAAAAGGAGAUAUAAGGCAAAAGCACACCUCUAUAGAACUAUUAAGGUUGCUCGAGAUGAGGAUCUGACAGAGCAAAUUGGAAGGGAUAUUUAUUUUGACCUUGUGGACCAUGACAAAGUUCGUAGUUUCCGUAUUCAGAAUCAAACGCCCUUUAAUCUUUUCAAGGAGGAAGUUGCGAAAGUGUUUGGCAUACCAGUGCAGUUUCAGCGUUUCUGGAUUUGGGCCAAGAGACAAAACCACACAUAUCGCCCCGACCGACCAUUGACACCUCAGGAAGAAACACAAUCAGUUGGACAAUUGAGAGAGGUAUCAAAUAAAACACACAAUGCAGAGCUAAGGUUGUUUCUGGAAGUAGAGUUUGGGCCGGAUCUACGUCCUAUUCCUCCGCCUGUCAAAACCAAGGAAGAUAUCCUUCUUUUCUUUAAGCUUUAUGAGCCUGAGAAACAAGAACUACGUUUUGUUGGUAGGUUUUUCGUGAAGAGUUCUAGUAACCCAGCAGAGAUUUUAGGAAAAUUAAAUCAACUGGCUGGUUUUACCCCUGAUGAAGAAAUUGAGCUUUAUGAGGAAAUAAAGUUUGAGCCUUGUAUCAUGUGCGAACACCUUGACAAGAAGACCUCAUUUCAAUUAAGUGAGAUUGAAGAUGGGGAUAUUAUUUGCUUUCAGAAGUCUAUUUCCCUUGAAAGUGAAGAAGAAUGUAAAUAUCCUGAUGCUCCUUCAUUUUUGGAAUACAUACACAAUCGCCAGGUUUUUCAUUUCCAUUCUUUGGAGAAACCGAAGGAGGAGGAUUUCAGUUUAGAAUUGUCAAAGCUACACACUUACGAUGAUGUGGUGGAGAAAUUGGCUCGCCAAAUUGGUUUGGAAGAUCCCACCAAAAUCAGACUCACUGCACAUAACUGCUAUUCUGAGCAACCUACGCCCCAACCGAUUAAAUUUCGGCGUGUAAAGCAUUUAACUGAUAUGUUAGUUCAUUACAAUCAAAUCUCUCAUAUUUUGUAUUAUGAAGUCUUGGACAUCCCCCUGCCAGAAUUGCAAGGCCUAAAAAAUCUAAAAGUUGCUUUUCAUCAUGCUACAAAAGAUGAGGUGGUGAUUCACAAUAUUAGAUUGCCCAAACAGAGCACUGUGGGGGAUGUCAUUAAUGUACUUAAAAAGAAGGUAGAGCUGUCUCAUCCAAAUGCAGAACUCCGACUGCUUGAGGUUUUCAAUCACAAGAUUUACAAGAUCUUCCCACACAGUGAGAAAAUUGAGAAUAUAAAUGACCAGUUCUGGACUUUGCGUGCAGAGGAGAUUCCAGAAGAAGAGAAAAACUUGGGUCCCCAUGAUCGCUUGAUUCAUGUUUACCACUUUACAAUAAACACUGCACAGAACCAGAUGCAAGUACAAAAUUUUGGGGAACCUUUCUUCUUGGUCAUUGAUGAAGGUGAAACUUUAGCUGAAGUUAAAGAACGGAUAGAAAAGAAAUUGCGGGUCCCCAAUAAGGUGUUUGCUAAGUGGAAGUUCGCUUUCUUGUCACUUGGUCGUCCUGAGUACUUGCAGGAUUCUGAUGUUGUUUCCAGCCGUUUUCAGAGAAGAGAUGUUUCUGGUGCAUGGGAGCAGUACCUUGGGUUGGAGCACUCUGAUAAAGCUCCUAAGAGCGCUCACGCAACAAAUCAAUACCUUGGGUUGCAGCACUCUGAUAAAGCUCCUAAGGGAGCUCGCACCGCAAAUCAAGCAAGUGCUGUUGUAAAUACUUCUUUUCCAACCUCUAUUUGCCAGGCAGAGCCAACUCCACAAGAAGAUGCUGCCCAAGUAACCUUAGAGUUCAUGGUGUCUAAUGUCGGCCAUGAGACAGCAAGCAGAGAAGUUGAAAAGCAAAAUGAUGACCUGGAUGGCCCUGCUUCUCAAGCAGUUGAUCGAACUCUGAGAAGACUUUCUGCUGCAGAGGAUCUAUUGAAGUCCACUUCAGCCAGAGAACCAUCAGUAGAGGCUUUGGCUGCAUUAGACACUGUGAGCCGCUAUGCAAGUAGCAGCCUUGACACACUCUGCACAAAUGGGGCUUAUGAGGAGUUCAAAGCAGCCUUGAAACUCGUGACUGAACAAGGGAUGAUCCCUUCAACGACCACUUCCAUGUUCAAGGAUCUUCUUUCGUCUUUGGAGGGUGAAAUGCCGAAGUACGUGGAUGCAGUAAAAGAGCUUGCCCAAACUGAAGGUUUUCCCGUCGAACACGAAAAGAUAAAAGCUCAAAUGGGACUGGCCGUGCAGAAAUGCCAAGAGAGAAAAGACAUUGUGGCCAAUUAUGAUGCCAAGGUUACAGAACUCGAGGCUGAACUGGCCCGAGUAAAGGCAGAACGAGCUAAGGCAAUGGCGGAUCUAGAAACUGCGGUGGAUGAAAUGGAACCUCUUAAGCAGAGGUUCGCAGAUAGCUCUUUAAAAUCUGAAAACAUGAUUGUGAGGCAGACUACAUUGGCAUUACAAAAGCGUGGCUCUGUUGGAACCUGGGCCGUCCUACAAGAUGCACUGAAGAAGUACUUUAAGUUUUAGAAAUAAUUGCUUUUGUUAAUAAGCCCUUUCUUGGCCCAAAAGUUUGUAUGAACAUGCAAAGAAAUGAACGCGUCGUGCGUAAUUCAGGUAGCUUGUUUCCUCACAUUGCUCGAGUCUGAAUGGGAAGGAAGAUAAUUGUGCUGA